UAAAACUCAAGUGUUGGAUGCUGUGAUUACAAAGAGUGGGAGAGACUGAGCCUGAAGAGACGCUGUGUUUACAAAGAGUGGGAGAGACUGAGCCUGAAGAGACGCUGUGUUUACAAAGAGUGGGAGAGACUGAGCCUGAAGAGAGGGCUGUGUUUACAAAGAGUGGGAGAGACUGAGCCUGAAGAGAGGGCUGUGAUUACAAAGAGUGGGAGAGACUGAGCCUGAAGAGAGGGCUGUGAUUACAAAGAGUGGGAGAGACUGAGCCUGAAGAGAGGGCUGUGAUUACAAAGAGUGGGAGAGACUGAGCCUGAAGAGACGCUGUGUUUACAAAGAGUGGGAGAGACUGAGCCUGAAGAGAGGGCUGUGAUUACAAAGAGUGGGAGAGACUGAGCCUGAAGAGAGGGCUGUGAUUACAAAGAGUGGGAGAGACUGAGCCUGAAGAGAGGGCUGUGAUUACAAAGAGUGGGAGAGACUGAGCCUGAAGAGAGGGCUGUGUUUACAAAGAGUGGGAGAGACUGAGCCUGAAGAGAGGGCUGUGAUUACAAAGAGUGGGAGAGACUGAGCCUGAAGAGAAGGCUGUGAUUACAAAGAGUGGGAGAGACUGAGCCUGAAGAGAGGGCUGUGAUUACAAAGAGUGGGAGAGACUGAGCCUGAAGAGAGGGCUGACUGUACCAUUAGAAGAUAAGGUAUCAACGUAACAUCAGCUACGCAACAUCAGCUACGACACUAUAUAUCAGUGCAGAGGAAGUAACAUUGUAAUUUAUCAGGUUUCUAUGGACCCUUUAUGCACAUCACACCAAGAGGAGGAAAAGACUGCGAUCAUGAAAGAAGAGAAGGAAACGGAAGACGAGAAGAAAAAUGAGGAGGACGAGAACGAUGAUGAUGAGGAGUCAGAUGAGGAGUCAGAUGAAGAGGAGGAAGAUGAUACCGAGACAACAGUGAUAGACGGUGAGGAGGAAUCGGAUGACCAAGCCAAGGAGACUGAACCCCAGCAGCAGAAGGAGCAGGCCUGGGCCCCCACUACCUACUCCAAGUUUGGUAAAGAGGUGUUUUGCUACGUAGGAAAGGAGAUCAGUAUCUUUGAGGCCUUGGACUCUUACGGUGCUGUCAUCUGGCCAGCGGCGUUGGCUUUGUGUCACUACCUAGAGACCAACGUUGAGCAGUUGAACCUGGUGGACAAGGCAGUGCUGGAGCUAGGAGCAGGUCCUGGCCUAGUGUCUAUUGUAGCCACACUCCUAGGUGCCUGGGUCACAGCUACAGACCUACCAGAGAUCAUAGGUAACCUGAGAGCCAACCUGCUCCGUAACACAAGAGGACGUUGGAGGAACACUCCCCAAGCUGCAGCUCUGUCCUGGGGUCCUGACGUGGAACGCAUCUACCCCAGAUCUGUCUAUCGCUAUGACUACGUGCUGGCGGCUGACGUGGUGUAUCACCAUGACUACCUGGAAGAGCUGCUGUUCACCAUGAGAUACUUCUGCCGUCCAGGAACCACUCUGAUCUGGGCCAACAAGGUCCGUUUUCCCACAGACCUGGUAUUCACUGAGGACUUCAAGAACACCUUCAACACCACCCUGCUGGCUGAGAUGGGAGAGGUUAAGAUCUACAAGGCCACAUGCAGAGAGACAGAGGAACACAUUCAACACCACCCUGCUGGCUGAGAUGGGAGAGGUUUAUGCCCAUUAUGUGUAAAAGGUAGGGAUUAGGGAAGACAAAGGAAUAGGUAACAUCCUGCAGACUAUGCCAAAUGUAACCAAGACUUCCUGUCCCUUCUUCCUCUGAGAAAUGCUUGAAGACAGAAGGCGGCCAUCUUGGCUAAUGAUAACGGACGUUGAUGGACUACUGAUGAUGUCAUUUGUUGAUGUUUGAUGUUCUACUCAAUACUUACCUGCUAUAUGUAGUGCUUUAUUGUUUACGUAGUUGUUACAUGUAGUUUGUAUUGAUAAUAUUAUAAAUGUUUGUACUUUGUUGUCUUGUUCCAUUCUGUAUUCAAAUAUAAUUUGUUAUAAAGUUUCUAGUAAAAAUCUA